AUGUCGUAUCCCAAUACAGUUAUUGUUCAACAUAGGAACCAAACUGUCUUCUUAGCAUUACCGGAAGGGGCCUCGUGGCGAGAUGCCCGACACACAUUUGCUUCACUUAUGAACUUGGACGUGAACCGAACACUGUUAGUGUCUUUCCGUCACCCAAAUAGUCGGGAGGAGCCGGUGCCGUAUGCUGAUGGGGAGGCUGUUGAUUGGAAUGGCGGCAGUUGUGUCCGUGCAUUGUCAGUUGAGGUUUCAGCAGACGGUAAACAGGUGCUGCAGGAACCUAUACUACCCCCAAAUGAGUCACGAGGUGCGGUCCCCAGUGCUAUUCCCCUCCCGUUGGCAAUGAAUUUGGAUGCGUGGAAUCCCAUUCCAAACACAGAGGGGUAA